UACACACAUCAAGGUUGUUCAUUCAGUAGAGCACUGCCUAUCCUACACUUCUGGACAACUGUAUUCUAAGCAGGUAUGCACACAACUGUUCUGCUGGUGCUCUGGGUACUGGGAACAUCCAGGGUGUUGCCAGAUCCUGACACGGGUGAAGAGAAACCCUCAGAGGAGCCAAUACCUUGUUCCAAGUCCUGCACUUGUCAGCUUGAUGACUACAGUCUGGAGCUCACUGUCUACUGCAGUGCACAAAACUUCACGCAGGCUCCUUCUGAUGUGCCUGACUCCACUCGCUCGCUCUGGCUGGAUGGAAACCUGUUCACCUCUCUCCCUGCAGCCUCUUUUAAGGAUCUCAGCAACUUAAUUUUUCUGAAUCUUCAAAGCGGUCAGUUGGUGACACUUGACCUACAGGUCUUCAGAGGGCUUAAGUCACUGGCUCACAUCCACCUUGAGCGCAAUCGCCUCCGCUCAUUACCAGGGACUAUUUUUCAAAACACACCAAAUCUUGCCUCGCUUAGUCUCCAUAACAACCAACUCUCUCGCAUUGAAGAAAAGCUGUUUGCUGGCCUCUCCCAUAUGUGGCUUCUCAACUUAGGGUGGAACUCAUUAGCAGUCCUUCCUGAGACUGUUUUCCAUGACUUGCAUGGUCUACGGGAGUUGGUAUUGUCUGGGAAUAGACUUGCCUAUUUGCAACCACAGCUCUUUCAAGGUCUAACAGAACUGAAGGAGUUGGACCUCACUGGAAAUUACCUGAAGGUCAUUAAAGCCAAUGUGUUCUUGAAGCUACCAAAGCUACAAAAACUUUACCUGGCCCAGAAUCAGAUUGUCACUGUGGUGCCCAGAGCCUUUAUGGGUAUGAAGUCUCUCAGAUGGUUGGACCUCACAAAUAACAAACUAACAACGCUUCAUGAUGAGACUUUCCUUGGUCUUCACAGUCUACAUGUGCUGAGGAUUUCCAACAACUCCAUCACUGCUCUUCGGCCCAGAACCUUCCGUGAUCUGCAGUACCUUGAGGAGCUGCGUCUGAGUUACAAUCGAAUCCGUGCAUUAGGAGAGAGGAUUUUUGAGGGGCUUGGUCAUCUGGAGGUUCUAGAGUUAGAGCACAAUCAGGUGCAGGAGGCACGGGUUGGCACAUUUACAGGCCUCUCCCAUGUUGCUGUGAUUAACUUGUCCGGUAGCUGUUUUCAUAGUCUUCCAGAUCAGGUGUUUAAGGGCCUGUCAAAACUCCACAGUCUUCACUUGGAUAGAGGCUGUCUUACAAAGGUCACAACCCAAGCUUUCAUUGGUCUCUCUGGUCUGAGACGGCUCUUCCUCCACCACAACAACAUCUCUGUGGUGGAACGUCAGACAUUCGUGGACCUCGUUGGCCUUCAACAGCUAGACCUGAGGUUCAACAAGCUUGAAUCACUCACCUCUCACACCUUUUAUGGCCUCAAGAACCUGGACUAUUUGCUGUUGUCAAGCAAUGUGUUCCGUUUGCUCCCCUCUGAGGCUUUGCUUCCGCUGCAGCAUCUCUCAUGGCUGGACCUCUCUGCCAACAAACUAGAGUUUCUGCAAAAUGGCACGAUGCAGCUCCUACCUAGGCUGCGUUAUCUUAACCUGAAAGAUAAUGAUCUCAGUAGCCUCCCAAAAGAUAUUCCAGACACCCUGGACCAACUCUGGCUCUCAGGUAACCAAUGGAGGUGUGACUGCAGUGCUUUUCCCCUCAGAUCCUACAGCUUAAGGAAGCCACAGGUGGUGCCUCGGCAAGUGGAUACUCUGGCCGAGGGGGAAGAGCCCCACACUGUUGUAACCAUCUACAACAACAUAACUUGCAGCAGCCCUGCCCACCUUGUUGGCCAAGAUCUUCGAGAUAUCACCAAUGGACACUUCCUCAACUGCUGAGUGAAGGAUAUGGGAAUGAUAGAAAAUAGAGAACACCAGACAAGAUAAAACAAUUGUUUAAUUUGUCUAACUGGCUAAUGCUAUUGCUGAUCCUAUCCAUGCAAACAUUUGUACUGUAGAAUGUAAAAAAUGAAAAUGUAUCUUAUAUUUUGAGUGGCCUAUCUUGAUUGCUUUCGUGUAUUUUUUCUUUGAAAUGCAGCCAACAAAUGACAAAUUAAAAAGGUUUUAAGAAGUGA